AUGCCAAGGCCUAUUAGUUCAACUGAAUUUUACGAAGAAAGUGCACAAUUUUGUCAAUAUACUCAUCGUGUUGCUAAAUUUUUCCUUGUUCAGAAACUUAUUUGUAUUGGAAUUUUUAAGUCUUUACCUGUUUUUUCGAAACUUGAUGUUAAAGAUCAAUUAACCAUUUUCCAAUAUGUGGCACAUCCAGUAUCACUGCUUGGCGUUUACUUUGCUUCAUAUAAAUUGGGUUCUCGUACUAUGAUAGGAAAAGAUGGUUUUUAUCCAAUGGCUGCUUUCGCUUAUCAAUUUAGUUUUAGAAAUGAUAAAACACUAUUCUCUCUGGCAAAUAAAGUAUUAAGUAAACCUAUAGAGCCUUUUUUUGACAUUGGAAUUUCUAAAGAAGAAUUUAGUUUAAUUUUGGCAAUUGUUUUUUUAAAUCCAGAUAUCCCAAAUUUGUCAGAAUCGGCGAGAAAUAUUCUUUCAAAGGAAUUUUCUUAUUAUUCAAAAAUGUUACUUAAUUAUUUACACAAUAAAUUGGGUAUAGAUGCUGGAACUAAAAAAUAUGCUGAAUGUUUUCAUUUAAUUACAGCCUCAUUUAUUGGAGCAAAAAACCUUCAGUUAUUAAUAACAUACCAAGAAGCAUUCUAUAAACGUCCAUUAGAAAGCUUUCUAAUGCCAAAAUGUUUUAAAGACAUAUAG